CCCCCACCCCACCCCCGCUCUCUUGGUGCUUGAAUCUUAAACUGACCUGGCAAAGGGGGAAUGGGGAUGAGCAGUGGCCGUCUCACUUGGGCUAUUCUGUGGGUGUGGGGGAGAACGGUUCUUUAAAGAAUGAUAAGGAAAAACAAAUAUAACACCUCUGUUCAAUUUAUUUAAGGCUUUUGAUCUUCCCUUUUUAUUCUCCUUUUUUCUGAAGGUUGUUCAUGGGGCAUGAGCUAUGACUCUGAUCGAAGAUGUCCUGUUUUAAGGGCAUGUUCAAUAGUUCCAAUUAGUUACACGUUUCUUGUAAAAUACUAGCCUGUUUAAAGAAUAAACUUUAAAUUCUGUAACUGUAUUAUAAAAUAUUGAAAUGAUGGGUUGAAUGAGUCUUACUUUUUUUGUAUCGUUUACUUAUGGAGAUGCUCUCCAUAAGCAUUUUUACAGUCAUUCUAUGCCAUUGUAUAGAAUAUAUGCUCCUAUUGUAGUCAUGGGUUCGUGCAGAUGUGUUGAUUAUUUUGUUAUCUGCAGAUAUUGCAGAUAAUUAUUUUCUGAAAUUAAGUAAGCUUCAAUUUGGGGAAGCAGGUGGAGGAUUUUGGUGAGUCACCCUGGAUGAGUCUGUAGGAGAGCACAUGGAGGUGCUCAUUUUGAAAUAAAGCCGUUUACAGUGUGCCGAGGAAGUGUAAUGGCGGAUGCAGAAAGUACUCUUCAGCUCCCAGACAGGCUGAGCGUGUUACGGGCAUUCAGCAGGAUUUAUUAUCCAUUCCAUUUCUCAUGCGGUGAAACGGCAAGCAGGAAUUGUGGGAAAGGAAAUGGAACGGUGUGUUACUUAUUAUUCUGUGGAGUUCCCCUGAGCCGCCAGUCCGUGGAAACCCACCCAGCAGCACAUUUAUGAAAAUAUUAAAAGGUGUGAAAUAAUAUGAAGUUUUCCAUUCCUUCGGUGUACGAACACACACACGCUGACUCUGCGAAGAGGAAGCACUAAACCUAUGGGCCUCAAGUUACUGCCCUGAUUGCUGCGUUGCCUCAUUCCACGUUGCUGGGAAACAAAUGAUUCUUAGUGUAUUUAUUUUAUCUGAGCAUGAUGAGUUAUUAAAAUGCUAAUAAUGUUUCUCCAGAAACCUAGCUGAUUUCUCAGGUACAGUGGCAGGGUCAUUCAGGAAGGUUGCACCCCACAUUCCAGAUGGUGUCGUUCACAUAUCCUAUACAGUGUAUGUGUUAGCUGGAGGAAUAUGCAGUCAUAUGGGCUAAUAAUAUACUGCACCCCUGCAUACAGAGCUGAUGUAGCAAGUUUGCAGUCACUGGUGAAAGGCACAGUUGAGUGAAUGUUGGUACAGGGGCUUGGUUCCCAGAACCUGGGAGAGGUGACCAGUCCUGACCUAGGGCAGUGAACAGUUAACCCCCACUCUUCUCCCUGGGCUGUUUUUUUGGUAAUGGGAGGGCAGGGAGCUUGGAGUCAGACUAUUUCAGCUGACCUGCCUCAGAAGUAUACAGCCCUGUGUUUGUGCAGAGUUGACUUUUUGAGGCAGGUUGGUACUCUGGGGUGUUGACAAAGUCUGUAUUGUACAGACACUACCCUCUGUGCCCCCCCUUCCCCUCCCACCCACUUUUCCCCUUUACUCUCUCUCUCCCUCUCCCAUUCCCGCUCUCUCCCUCUCUCUCUCGCCCUCUCUUUUCCCUUCUUUAACGCAUGCUUUGGAAUCAGCAGAGAUUCCCUGCAGACUUGAAACAGGAACCAUGGCUCACUGCAGCAUCCACAGCCUCUUCAUGGUUACACUCCUGGGCGUGUGUCUGACUGCUGCUCGGACAGAAACUGUGGCUGAUCUGUCUCCAACUACACAAAGCGAGAGCCUGGAGACAUCAUCAGGGGGAGGGGCAUAUGAUUUGACUACAAAGGACCCUUUCCAUGACCUCACAGAAAAUGCCUUUACCUUGGAAUAUGAAGAUACCACCCACUCUGAGCCUAUCGAUGGGGAGGAUGGAGUGCUGGGUCCUGGUGCUAUUGCUGCCAUUGUGAUUGCCGUGAUCCUGGGGGCCUCUGUGCUCAUUGCCCUUAUCGUCAUCACACUCAAGAAGUUCACCACCGCAUAGAGCUGCCCCUCAGCCCCCUCCCUCACACAGCUCAUGGAAAACCACACAGGGGCCUCAUUAACUGACUCCUCUUUCCUGCCUGAGGUCUGAUGUACAGCAAGCUCUCCAGGACACUAAUAGUCUUUGGUCAAUGAGAAUGUUUGCUAAAAAAGGAGAGCCUACUGCAUGUGAAGCCUGACUGGUUCCUAGGGCUUGAGAUGACUAGGCCCUGUAGAACCUGGAUGAUUUGUCCUUCUGUAGAACCUGGAGAUCUAUAACUUCCAUGUGGAUUCUAGAACCUCAUACCCUAGCCAAAUUCCUCCUCUAAAAUUCAAAUUUCCUUUAAAGAAGUCACCUCAGUAGUUUCAUACCAGUACCCAAAUAAUAGUGCAAUCCUGUGAGUGUAGUAAAAUUGAGUAUCUAACUUAAGGGUUCAAAAUAUGUAUUUACUAAUUCAUUUUUUAAAACAUACUUCCAGAUUGGCGAUGUGCUUUAUCAUACAACUAUGUCCUUGCUCUUGUACAUGUGGACCGUAGUGUGAAUAGUCCCCUACUGGACACUACAGAAUGUGUUUCCAGGUGAGUGGUUCUCAAAAUUCAAUUUACCUCAUGAAACUGAAUCAGGGGACAAAAAAAGAAAAAAGGAUGGAAUAAGGCUUUAUAUUCACCUUAUGGACCUAGUUGUCUUCACGUGUAAGAUCUUGGUUAUUAAAAAUGUCAGAGGGACAGAGUAAGCCAGCUGGAUGUCCACCCUGCUGUAUCAGGUUGCUAGUGUAUGUUCAAAUAAGGAAAGUCUGAAGUGAUCAUGGGAGAGUUUGGGAGUUGUGUUGCCGCUGUUACUGUAUAAGGAGGCAAUUGGAAUGCAAUACAGAGCUCUACCUGGCUCAGUUGAUUCAAACUACCAUUUUACUGAACACACAGUAAUUUUCAUUAGUGAAUCUGUCACUUAUUGUCAUUUUUGAUGAAAAAUGCUGGCAUUGAAUUGAUUUUCUGUAACAGUUUAGGUGCAUUUUUUCUGUGUAAAUAUUUGUUUUGUAAAGUAAGUGAUCAGUAAGUGUGGUGUUCCUGUUCUUGCAUACUGGUCAAUGUAAGGGGUGGCAUUUGUGGAUGUUUCAGAUUACAUCAAUCAAAAUUCAGGCAAAUCUUGUGUAGAACCAUUUAAAAGCAGUCACUUUACAAUGCACAAUUACCCAGGAAUAAAAAAGAAGCCAAUUGAGCCAAUGUGGGAGAAAUGGUAAUUACUCCUAACCUCUGGAAAUGGUGAUGUAGGAAAGAAUAUUGCAAAAGAGAUGUAGAAGCAAAGUAAAUAAAAAGCUUUUAAAAACAACAAAAUCAUUCUCUGAAUUGCCACAUAGUUACCUAGUGGUUUUUGAUAGUGGGAGAAAAUGGACGACUGUUUGCCAUUACAUUACAUUACAUUACAUUACAUUACAGGCAUUUAGCAGAUGCUCUUAUCCAGAGCGACUUACACAACUUUUACAUGGCAUUUUUUACAUUGUAUCCAUUUAUACAGCUGGAUAUAUACUGA